AUGUCAAGUUUUGCUAAUUUAUUUGGAAAGUCUACAAAAGUAGAUGAGAAUAUAGACCAGUUGUUUAAAAACACAAGAGAUGGACCUAUCUCAAAAGAUGAACUUGUUAAAAAACAAAGAACAGUGAUAAAGAUUCCAAAGGUUACUGCUCCUACAGAUCAGACUACUGGAAAUGAGUCAACAUCAAGCCAGUCUGCUGAUGAAUCAGACGAACAAGAAGGAAAUGAGAGUAACGAGGACAAAGAUGACGACAACAAACAAGGUGAACCUACAUCUAAGAAUGAUGAUGAAAACGAAGACUUGGAAGCACAAUAUUUUGACAAGUUGUUAAAUGAACAAAAUGGGGAAGAAGAUAACUCAAAUGAAUCUUCUGAAAGAAAAUCCUCAAAGGCUGAAAAGGAACACACCAAGGCAAAAGUUGCAACUACUGUUGAUUUAAAAGAAAAGGAAUUGGAAAAAGCCGAUAGAACUGUGUUUGUUGGAAAUGUUCCGGCAGACGUUAUCACAUCAAAAAUUAUCGCAAAAAAUUUCAAAAAUUUGUUUAAACAUUAUGGAAAGAUUGAUUCUAUUAGAUACAGAUCCAUUUCUUUUGAUGAAAAUUUACCCAGGAAGGUUGCAUUUGCAAAGAAGAACUUACAUAAAUCAAGAGAUUCUGUAAAUGCCUAUAUUGUAUACAAAGAAAAGCCUGCAUCAAUUGCGGCUAAAGAAUUGAAUGCCGCUGUGUUUGAAGACCAUCAUCUUCGAGUUGAUCAUGUUUCACAUCCAGCACCCAAAGACAACAAAAGAACUAUUUUUGUUGGAAAUUUGGAUUUCGAAGAAAAAGAAGAAACUUUGUGGAAAUAUUUCAAUAGUAAGUUCGAUGAAGAUGUGGAAUCUGUAAGAAUUAUUCGUGAUUCCAAGACUAAUUUGGGGAAAGGUUUUGCAUUGGUACAGUUCAAGGACACUUUAUCCGUUAAUAAAGCAUUAUUAUUAAACGACAAACCAUUGGAAUCUGGGGCACUGAAGAAAGGCCGUAAGUUGAGAAUUUCAAGGGCCAAAUCGAAUGCUAAACCUUCGUUAAUGUCACCCAAUCAUUUUGAUAAUCAAAAAAAGAAGUUUGCAGCUGGUAAAUCUCAACAGAAAUUAACUGAUAAUCAGAAAACAAAAAUAGGAAGAGCUCAAUCAACAUUAGGUAAAGCUGAUAGAUCCACUGUGGGUAAAUCCAAGAGAAUUAUCUUAGAAGGUCAAAGAGCCACCAAAGGAGAAGCUAUAAAAGGAAUAAAAGGAUCAAAGAAAGGCAAAAAAGUGAAGAAACCAAGAAUUAGAGAGAGAUCAACAAAGUUUAAAGAAGAAAGGAAAUCAAUGAAUAAGGUAUAG